AGUCGGCUUCGUUUUCAUCCGGGCUUUGGGACAGUGGUCGUCAUGGCGCCACCCGUGAGAUACUGCAUACCUGGCGAACGUCUGUGUAACUUGGAGGAGGGCAGCCCGGGCAGCGGAACCUACACCCGGCACGGCUACAUCUUUUCGUCGCUUGCUGGCUGCCUGACGAAGACUAGCGAGAACGGCGCGCUUCCUGUGGUAUCUGUGAUGAGAGAAACAGAGUCUCAAUUGCUGCCAGAUGUGGGAGCUAUUGUUACCUGUAAGGUCUCUAGCAUCAAUUCACGCUUUGCUAAAGUACACAUCCUAUAUGUGGGGUCCACACCACUUAAGAACUCUUUUCGAGGAACAAUCCGCAAAGAAGAUGUCCGAGCAACUGAGAAAGACAAGGUUGAAAUUUAUAAAAGUUUCCGCCCAGGUGACAUUGUCUUGGCCAAAGUGAUCUCCCUAGGUGAUGCACAGUCCAACUACUUGCUGACCACUGCCGAAAAUGAGCUAGGAGUGGUGGUAGCCCACGGUGAGUCAGGUGUCCAGAUGGUUCCCAUAAGCUGGUGUGAGAUGCAGUGCCCCAAGACCCACAUUAAAGAGUUCCGGAAAGUGGCCCGAGUACAGCCUGAAUUCUUGCAGACCUAAGAAUCCACGUUUUACCCCGUGGAGGGAGAUAAGCUGUUUCUAAGAGUACAUAUGUGAAAAUAACACCAAGAUGCCAUUGUCUUUAUUCAAAUACUUGGGAUCAGCAAGCAACCAUGUCUAGAAAAAUCUACUAGAAACUUACUCAGUAAGUGGGACAUUUUUUCUUGUCCACCUUUCCGUGGAUUUCAUUCUCUUAAAUUGUAAGAACUUGUGUUUUGGAGACACCAGCA